UGAUUUGAGAAUUAUUCUUUUUUUUUUAAUCAUUCAAAUUUUGUUUGAUACUUACAGAUUUAAAGAAGAAUAAGGAUGGAGCACUGGGGAUACAUGUCAUCAAACGGUCCGUCAACAUGGGCGAAAUACUACAUAGAUAACAAUCCCGGCAUGGGGCAAAGGCAAUCACCGAUUGACAUCGUGACGUCACAGGCUCUGUAUGACUCGGAUCUAGGUGCAUUAAACACCAAGUAUAACACAGAAAGCAAGCUAUGCUUGAAGAACAAUGGACACAGUAUUAUGUGUCAAAUCAAAUCAACAUCAGAGUUGACGGGCGGGCCGUUAAAAGGCGACUACCGACUAGAACAGUUCCAUCUUCACUGGGGAUCUGAUGAUACAAAGGGCUCCGAACAUACCAUCGAUGGUAAAAAAUAUGCAGCUGAGCUACAUCUGGUUCACUGGAAUGCUUCAAAAUACAAAAGCUUUGGUGAAUCUGCCGACAAAAGUGACGGAUUGGCUGUUCUUGGUAUAAUGAUUGAAGUAGGGACAGAGAAUCAGUCAUUUAAAUCAAUUACAGACAACAUUGGAAAAGUGACGUCAAGUGAUACUGAAGGUCAAAUCGAUACAUCAUUUGAUCCCAAAAGUCUACUGCCUGGAAAUACGUCAAAAUAUUGGACGUACGAAGGGUCUUUGACUACUCCACCCCUGUAUGAAAGUGUCCAGUGGAUUGUGUUCGAAGAUCCUGUUCAAUAUUCGGCAGACCAGAUGAAAACAUUGAGGAGUUUGAAGGAUUCUGACGGAAACUGCAUGCAGGACAAUUACCGACCGCCUGUACCUGUUCCAGCUAAUGAAAGUCAGAGGAAAGUCCGCGCCUCGUUCAAAUAAAUUCAUCAUUUUUUUAUCAUUACAUAUAUUAGCAAAUAUGUAACAUGAAAUCCACUUUACGAUAACAAAUAUUAUGUAAAGACAGUGUUUUGUCUCAUAAUCUCAAAUGAACAAUGUCAUACUUAAAGAACAUAAUCAACAACAACGCUUAC